AUGUCCACAAGACACUUUUUUCCUUGUCAAUUCGUCAUUUCACAUAUUCCCCGGUCUACCAAUUUAUGCGUCGAGGGAUCUAGCAUCUUGGACACACAUCGGUACGUACCCGACAACCGCAUUUUCCUUGACGGGUCCAUUGCUAACGCCCAGGAAGGAAAUGCAAUCAACAAGACAACCCAACUUGAUCUCUCAAACGCAACAACGGAUGCAUUCCCGAUCGGCCCAAACAAGAACCUUGUCGCUACACUGGGUCUCUUCGCUCCAACGAUCCGGUGGCAUAACGGUGUAUUCUACAUAAUAUGCACAAACGCGUCUCAGAAGAAGGGUGAGGAUCUUCGCACCGACAAUUUUAUUAUCACGUCAACGAAUAUCUGGGCCAAUGAAUGGAGUGAAGCCAUUUGGUUUGACUAUGAUGGUAUUGAUCCCAGUUUGUUGUUCGAUGAUAGUACGGGCAAAGUAUAUGUUCAGGCUUCGUGGAGGGAGGGAGACUUGGCCGAUCGAAAUUGCUCGAUCAGACAGUUUGAGAUUGAUGUUACGACUGGAAAGAGAGUUUCUGAUAUCAGGGUUAUCUGGAAGGGGAGUGAGAGCAGCAGCGAUGGCAAGAGCGAUAUUGAAGGACCGCAUAUGUACCGGAAAGAUGGAUUUUAUUAUCUUCUCGCUGCGGAUGGUGGUACUUUCGAGGAUCAUAAGGUUGUCAUGGCGCGUUCCAGAAAUAUCUGGGGUCCCUUCGAGGUCUACGACCAGAAUCCCGUGCUUACUGCCGCCGGCACGGACGAGUAUGUUCAGAAUGUUGGGCAUGCUGAUCUGUUCCAGGAUGGAUUGGGGACUUGGUGGGCUGUUGCUUUGGGAGUGAGAAACGAGGCUGGAGGUCGAACACCGAUCGGACGAGAAACAUUUUUGAUCCCUGUGGACUGGCCUGCUGGUGAAUGGCCGGUAUUUGGUCGCGCGAGAAUGCAGUUUGAACGACUUGCCCUCCCUGAGACGGACCCGAUACCCAAGCCUACAGAGCGGAUUGAUGAUGUCUACAUUCGCGAUGCGAAAUUGGAUCGUUACAAAUUCUCUACGGAUGGCUCCUUGAUUACGCUCGUUCCGUCGGUGCGAGACGUAUCAGCAACACAUGGUACAACAACAUUCGUCGGGAAACGGCAAAGAUCCUCUUGCUGCAUCGCAACUGCAACUAUUCACGUUCCCACAGACCCGGAUUUGAGGGCUGGGCUGGCUCUUUACAAGGAGGAUGCUCGCCACGUCGAGCUUUGUUAUGAUAGCAAUACAGGAAAAGUGACACUGGAAGCUUGCUUCAAAUUGAAGGGAGAACCGAAUAUUAUGGCGGAAAUUGCGAUUACGAGUCAGAAAGUCCAGAUGAGAAUAUGCGCAACUACUUUGGCGUAUGAUUUUUCUAUCUGA